UAUAAAUGCCAUGGCUGUUUUGAUGAGCCGUUGUUUUGCACAGACUGCUGCAGAACCCAACAUCAAAGACAUCCAUUCCAUCACAUCAGUCAAUGGACCGGAUCAUUUUUUCAAGAAACUUCACUCAUUAAAGUCAGCCUGCUCAUUCACCUCGCUCAUACA